UAGGCUUCACACGGUGGUUGAUUUGGUAACACUUGGCUGAGGAAAGAGAAUCAAACAUGCCGAAAGGAAGAUUCCCAUAUCGUAGAACAAUUGAGUUUCUAUCAUCUGGGAGACUUACAUUAAAGAAGAGCAUCAAAACUGUGACUGUAAGCUUUACAACCGAAAACAACAGUGUUGGGUUAAGGAAUUUUAUCCUACGAGAUGUACCUCAAAUUCAACAUAAAAAUCCUCUUGUCCAAAUAGUAACUUUCAGAAAUACCACAGACUACCCCCAGCUGAAACUAUUUUUUGAUGAUGGGGACAAAACUUUAAUUGAUGUUGAUGGAAAAAAUGCUGAUGAAAUUUUAAAUCUAUUAGAGUUAGUGGGCGGUGCUACUCAAAGUGAGCUGCAGAAGAGAAAAGAGGAAAAGUUCCCAGGAAACACAAACCCAGCAAAUUUUGGACGAUAUGGAAACUGUUUUUGUAUUUGCGAAAAACCUGGACAAGUACCAUGUAGCUCAAAAGUUUUAAGGAAAGGUGUAAAAGAAUGGCAUACAAAAAAUAGUUGAUUUGAUAAUUAAAAAGUCCACAUUCAGAUCAGCUAUAAUCAGAUGCUGUUAAAGAACUAAGCAGCAGUAGGAAUGAUCACUUAUCUUUGGCAACAAUGUGAGAAAUAAAAUUCCUUAAUGUUAUCAGCAUUUAAUUGCCAGUGACUAGACUACUUUGGUUGAAUAAAUUUGAUUUUAUGUGUGGUGUUUUUGAGUUCUUAAUAAGAAUCAAUAAACCUGU